AUGCACUCCAUUCGCCAGCGCGCCGUGACAGCGCUGCAUAUCAGACCCGUUGUUCAAUCACCACUCACCACGCCUCCUCCUCCUCGCAUUGUGUCCAUCACAUGCAGGCGGCACUUUCACCUCGAGGGUCUCGCUCUCGCCCCACUUUACUUUGGCGGCCUCUUCGUCGCGCUCUGGACGUGGAAGUGCUGCAUGCUGGUCACGUUCCAGAAUAAAAUCAUUUACAUGCCGGGCCUGCCGCCAAACGCCCGCUCGGAAAAGAUCGAGGACUACGCCAGCCGCUGUGCGGGCAUCUCCUGGCGCGAGGAGAGGAUUCGUGCCGCCGAUGGUAAUGCAUCGUCCACCCCACCGCGGCUUCCAGACAUCUCGUCAACCUUGGCAAUGCUGAAGAGGAAUUUGCAUGAUGAUUCGAGAAGCGUCAGACUGACCUUUGUCUGUCUGAGCUACCGCGGCUACUGGACCUCAAAGGGUCGGCCCACCGAGAAGGGCAUUAGACUCGAUGCUUUAUCAGCUCUGGACUGGAUAUCGCGGCAACAUCGAAAUGGUAAAAAUAUCGACAGCAAAGCCCUGGCUAUCCCAACGGACAGAACUGGCAGGCUUGUGCUUUGGGGCCAGUCCAUCGGCGCCGGUGUGGCUACAAAUUUGGCAGCCGAGGCUUCGGUGCCACAGAACCUCGAGUUGGACUCCAUCAUCCUCGAAACGCCCUUUACGUCCAUUCGUGCCAUGCUCGAGGUGUUGUAUCCACAGAAAUGGCUCCCCUAUAAAUACCUGUGGCCAUUUCUGCGUAAUCAGCUGGACAGCUGGAAGAAUUUUGGCUUGAUAUCAGAGAGGUAUUACAAGGGCAAGGCAAGGCCGAGAAUGCUCAUACUUGAGGCGGCCAAGGACGAACUCGUGCCUGCAGCCUUGAGCCAGAAACUAUAUGAUAGAGCCGAAGCUCUGGAGAUACCCGUUGAGAGAAAAGCUGUCGAAAGUGCAUUUCACAACGAUACCAUGUUUAGAGCAGAAGGGCGAAGGGCAGUCUCCGAUUUUCUCGCGAGGCGCAUUCGCGAAUAA